AACAGCCAAAACAACUGUCUGUCUGUACCUCUAAUUCUAAUCUUCUCUCUCCUCUCUUAGCAAAGUACAAAUCAUUCCUUUUUUCCUUCUUCUUAUAGCUUCGAUUUCAAACCCUAAUUUCUAGAAUUGGGACCUAAAAAGAUGGGGUUAUGGGAAGCUUUUCUCAAUUGGCUACGAAGUCUCUUUUUCAAGCAAGAAAUGGAGCUGUCUCUUAUAGGACUUCAGAAUGCCGGGAAAACUUCUCUUGUAAAUGUUAUCGCUACUGGUGGAUAUAGCGAAGACAUGAUCCCAACAGUUGGAUUUAACAUGAGGAAGGUUACAAAAGGCAAUGUCACAAUAAAGUUGUGGGAUCUUGGAGGUCAACCAAGGUUCCGCAGUAUGUGGGAGAGAUAUUGUCGUGCAGUUUCAGCCAUUGUAUAUGUUGUGGAUGCUGCUGAUUUUGAUAAUUUAUCUGUCUCGAGAAGUGAACUCCACGAUCUUUUAAGUAAACCCUCUCUGAGUGGUAUCCCUUUGCUGGUACUGGGAAAUAAGAUUGACAAACCAGGAGCCUUGUCCAAGGAAGAUUUCAUGGAACAAAUGGGGCUUAAGUCCAUCACCGACAGAGAAGUAUGCUGCUACAUGAUAUCAUGCAAGAACUCAACCAACAUCGACACAGUUAUUGACUGGCUUGUAAAACAUUCAAAAUCGAAGAAUUGAGCAUCAGUUCCUGUACCUUUCACUGUCGCAGUUAUGCUUUUGAGUUGUUCAUUUUCAUUUUUUUUUUAAAUUGUCCGCCAUGUCUAACUGGGUUAUCGAUGCCUGAUCAUUGUCUUUAUUUAUUUUCUCCUUGUGGCCUAGUCAUUGCAUGUAUCAUUUGAGUUCACAUCCAAGUUUUAUUGACUCGCCAGUAUGCUGUUUGGUUGCUUACUGGUUUGAUUUUUAUAUGUGAAUAUUAAUCAAUAUUUGGUGUGAUUUCCGAAUGCAAACUUGCUACUCAGUGGUUUUGAAUGGAAUAAUGGAUUUUGCUUA